AGCGGAUAGGAUGUACACGGUGACCUGUCGCUGCGAGGCCACGGCGACGACGGCCGGCACCGCCCGCAACCGCAGCCGCGCCCGCGAUCCAAACGUGCGCGCGGGGCGGGGCGGCAGCACGCCAUGCCCGCCAAAAUAACCAACCCGCCGAAAGAAAGCGACCCCCUCCUCCUUCCUCCCCUCGCUAUAAAUUCUACAGGAAAUCCUCCUCCGCUCCGACACCCGCUUCGAUCGGAGCAAGAGGUUUUUUGAAAUCGGCCAUCACUACUGUGCAUCGAGGUUUGUUUGAGCUUGGUGUUCGUCGUUCUUGGUUAAUGGCGGCCGGAGGGGUGCUGUGCCUGUCGUCGUCGUCGUCGCCGGCGUCGGCGUCGGCGGCGAGGGGGCGGCGGCGCGGGAUGGGGGUGGGGAGGGGGAGGGUCGAGGUGAGGUGCAGCUCCGUGGCGGCCGGGGGGCCGGUCGAGGAGCACUACCGGACGCUGCGGCUGCCGCCGGGGGCGACCAAGGGCGAGGUCAAGAAGGCCUUCCGCCGCCUCGCGCUCACGUAUCAUCCAGACGUUACCAAAGAGAGCGACGGCGGCGUCCAUUUCCAGAGGAUCAACGUGGCUUACCAGAUGGUGAUGGGCAACCUGAGGGAGGCCGAGGAGAGGCUGGAGUACUGGAGGCUCAAGUACGGGCUCGACGACGAGGACCUGGACAAGUACAGGUCCUACCUCAACGACGACGACGACGACGACGGGUGGUUCGACGCCUGAAGGAUCGAUGUUGCUGCACUGAUCACCGAUCGACGAGGAUUGAAGCACCCAUCUCGUUGGUCUCUGUCAUUGGUAUUAGAAUCUAAUAUUGUUCAUAGCACUGAAAAUUCUGUUCAUUUGUGUCCAAACAAAAUUGUAUGCAUGGCUGUACAAAAGCAGCAGUAGUAGUAGCAGCAGCUAGAACUGAAGAUCUGUUUAUUCGUGUGUAUGCCUUUCCCCCGGUUUUAUUGUAAGGGAAAGGGUACAAUUAGAAUGAUACUGAUCUGUGGGUACUAAUAUUUGUGUUUAAAUUGUGGUGUCUUGCUUAAAUUGCUCUCAAAUCCAUUUUGUGGAGUAGCAAUUGAGCUCAGCUUUAUCCAUGUAGGGUCUCUUUCACCUUCAUCCAAAGUGUAGGCUUAGAAGGCCAGGCAUGAGCCCGGCCCAACUUGAAGCCCACUAGGGCCUUGUUCGGCUAAGCCGAAAUCUGGCCCAUCUGCAUAGUGGGCCAAGAUUUUAGUUUAAUCAUUUGGCCUAUGUUAAUGGAUCAGCAUUGAGGUCUAUCCAAAUAUCCAAUCGAUGGUCUUCUUGUU